AUGGAAGACUGUUUGGCAAAAAAAAUGGAAAUCACUGUUUCAGAAGCUGAAAAACGAACUGGGAGGAAUGCCAUGAACAUGCAAGAAACAUACACUGCUUACCUCAUUGAAACAAGAGCUGUUCAGUCCCAGAGUGAGGGACAGUGUGCCCCGGUGGACUCCCUAUGGCGACGUUACAGUGAAUUUGAGUUGUUGAGGAAUUACUUGUCAGUUACCUAUCCACAUAUUGUUGUUCCACCUUUGCCAGAAAAAAGGGCUGACUUUGUUUGGCAUAAGCUAUCAGCAGAUAAUAUGGAUCCAGAUUUUGUGGAAAGAAGAAGAAUCGGUUUGGAAAACUUCUUGUUACGUGUGGCUUCACAUCCUGUUCUUUGCCAAGACAAAAUCUUUUAUUCAUUUUUAACACAGGAGGGUGGGUGGAAAGAAAUGGUGAAUGAGACUGGAUUUCAGUUAAAGGCAGAUUCCAGAUUAAAAGCUCUUAAUGCAACAUUCAGAGUGAAAAACCCAGACAAGAGGUUUACUGAGCUAAAACACUAUAGCGAUGAACUGCAGUCUGUCAUAUCACACCUUCUGCGAGUCAGAGCUAGGGUGGCGGACCGGCUGUAUGGUGUCUAUAAAGUCCACGGCAACUAUGGAAGAGUAUUCAGUGAGUGGAGUGCAAUAGAAAAGGAGAUGGGGGAUGGGUUGCAGAGUGCUGGCCACCACAUGGAUGUAUACGCAGCUUCUAUUGAUGACAUACUGGAAGAGGAGGAACAUUAUGCAGAUCAGCUGAAAGAAUACCUCUUCUAUGCAGAAGCACUACGGGCCGUUUGCAGGAAACACGAACUAAUGCAAUAUGACUUGGAAAUGGCUGCACAGGACCUAACAUCUAAGAAACAGCAGUGUGAGGAGCUGGCUACAGGAACUGUGAGAACGUUCUCCCUGAAGGGGAUGACCAGCAAGCUCUUUGGGCAGGAAACGCCUGAGCAGAGGGAAGCCAAGAUAAAGGUUCUAGAAGAGCAGAUACAGGAAGGAGAAGAACAACUUAAGUCUAAAAAUCUGGAGGGCAGAGACUUUGUGAAAAAUGCCUGGGCUGACAUUGAACGGUUUAAAGAGCAAAAGAACCACGAUUUGAAGGAGGCACUUAUAAGCUAUGCUGUUAUGCAGAUUAGCAUGUGCAAAAAGGGAAUUCAAGUUUGGACAAAUGCAAAGGAAUGCUUCAGCAAGAUGUGAUUAUCUGGAAAUGAAUUCCUCCUCCAAGUGCCAGAGAACGGAAGCACAAAUGUAUAACACCAAUGUUAAGUUGCUACAUGACUUACAAAUCAUGAAAUAAAUGAGUGAAUAGUUUUUCUUUCUGCUGAUUGUAAUUGUUAAUAAAGGACAAAAAGGACACGUUAUUAAAUGUUUAGCCCUGACUGCCACUUCUGUGGCGUGUUUUAUAUGUGGUAGCAAAUAAUUCAGGGGUAAAAGAGUUACUGAAAACUAUGGCUCUGUAUUGGGGCAAAGGUAUAGGGAAAGUUAUCCCAGAAAGUAUGGACUGAACUGUUGUGAGGCUUGUGGAACACCGUGCUCUGUAACGUGUAGAUCACCUCCAGAUGCGCUGCUUUUCAGCCCUUGCUGUUCAGAAUUUUUAAUGCUCAAGGGUGCUUUGGUUCUGUAAUGGGACACGCAGUUGUGCUCUCGAGGACUACACCACAAGAGGACAAAAAUGAGAUGUUGUGACGCCUAGGGUUCAUAUUUAAAUGCCUUUGCAUGUCCAUAGAGAAAUGUGCUUUUCCAGAGUUCGGGUUUAGCAGUCUCAAGCUCCUGAGAUGUUUGAAACUCUCUACAGUAGAGGUG